AUGGAUUCAUCUACACCACUGCCAACUUCAGCACUUCCAAUAAUCUCUAAUCAUCCAAUCCAGUCACCGUCACCGUCACCCUCAACUUCUCCUCUCAGAAGAAGAUCCAAAACUUGUCUCGCUGACCGCCUCGAAAUUACCGCCGACGACUCUCCUGAACCUGCCAGAGUACGGCGAAGGAGAAAAGCCAGAGUCGCUCAAAACAACGCUCAAAAAGCAAGAAAACCGCGUGCUGGUGCUGAUGUUGAGAUUCGAGAAGAGAGUAAAGAUAGUGUUGUUGGUUUGUUUGAAGAAAUCGGAAAACCUAGAAAGAGAGCGGUGGUGUGGUGCAGCUCGUUCGACAUGAGUGGUUUGGAAUCGUUUGCUUCAUAA